CGUCCUCGUCGUCGAUGGCGACCUCGGGCUCGUCUCCCUACACGGGCACGCCGUACACGGGGGACCUCGUCGACCCGACCCGCGGGGAGGCGGUGGUCGAGCUGGAGUCCGGGGUGACCUACCGGGACCUGCGGAUGGGGACCGAGGGCGGUCCCUCCGUGGCGGAGGGAGACCGCGUCAACAUCCAGUGGGUCCUGAAGCGAUCCAACGGGUACACCAUCGAUGCCUCCACCAACAACGACGGUGUCCCCUUUAUUUUUGUCGUGGGGGGGAGAACCAAGCAGCAGCAUUCGCAUUCGCAAUCGCAAUCUCAACCACAGCGCGCCAUUGCGGGACUCGACGAGGGCAUCCGGGGGAUGGCCGUCGGUGGGAUCCGCCGCAUCGUGAUCCCGCCGUCGCUGGCCUACGUCGAGGGCCUGGACGAGAACUCGCCGGGGCCCGUCCCCGUUGGCUUUGGUCCAAAGCAGCGGAUCCGGAGRGUCAUGGAAAACCGAAUGGACGUUCCGGACGAGAGUUUUUUGCUCGACGUCAAGGUGACGAGGAUCCAGUGAGGGAGGCAUGCCAACACCAGCAAUGCCAAACACACGAAACCUACGAAAGUACGAGCUCCAACAAUACCACGAUUUCUAGUACUGUACUACUACUAGUAAUCUAAUUCCACUACUACUAAUACUACUUCUACUAGUCUUCAACAAUCCAAGUACAAAUUUGUUGUCAUGCUACGAUAACACUCUUUCCU